AAAUGGCGGAGGAGGCGGGGAGAAAGCAGGCGCGCCUCGGGCUGCCAGGUGGAGACGCGGCCCAGUGGCCUCUGGAGCGGUAUGGCCGUUUCAUGCCCUUGGGCACAGGAGAGCCGUCUGGACCUGGCCUGGAAGCUGGGAUGGCCUCUUCCCCUUCGUGGAAGGUUUUUUAUUCCAAUGAAGAAUCUGGAUAUCUUGUUCUCACCAUAGUUAUAUCAGGUCAUUUCUUCAUUUCCCAAGGACAAACACUUCUGGAAGGGUUUUCACUCAUUGGCAGCAAGAACUGGUUGAAGAUUGUGAGACGCAUGGAUUGUCUUCUGUUUGGAACAAUGAUAAAGAACAAGAGUCGCAUGUUCCGGGUACAGUUCAGUGGAGAGUCCAAGCAGCAGGCGCUAGAGCACUGCAGCAGCUGUGUGCAGAGCCUGGCCCAGUACAUAACCGUGCAGGUGCCCAACGGGGACAUUCGGGAUCCUGUCCUACUGAGGGCAGGUGGAAGCAGCGGGGAGGGCUGUGUGCCAACCAUCCCACUGCAGCAUGAAUCACACCAGCGGCCGGAGCAGCAGCAGUCUGCCCCAGGAGGAAGGAUCUCAGUGACCCAGUUAGCUCAGUCUCUCCUGGCAUCAGAGGAGCUGCCCCUAGUCCACAAACAAUCUGCAUGGAAUGCUGAAGAAUUAGGCUCCUUUCUCCGCUUCUGCCUCAUGGAUCAGAAUUUCCCAGCAUUUGUGGAAGAGGUGGAAAAGGAACUAAAAAAACUGACGGGGUUGAGAAAUUAACACUCUGUGUACAUAUAGAAUUAAGAAACUUGACAAAUGCUUCCUCCUUAAGACUAGA